AUGAUUGAAGACGACGUCUACAGGACGUCUUCUCAGUACCGCUACUGGUCCUACACCAAAGAAUCACUUGCGCGUAUACGUCAAAACACAAAUGACCUUGCAUCGGAACGAGUCCGCGCUGCAUUCAGACGAGUACAGGCUUCCAAAUCAUCUUCUGACAGCAAUAAUGGAGACGCUUCGGUUGGUGAUGCCGAGGUUCUCACCUUGACCGUUGACGAGGAACUGAAGAUCGUUGAAUGGGGAUGUCAGAAGAUCAUGGAUAUGGGUGAAGCAAUGAGUCCUCGGGUGCCCAGUGCUGUCGUGGUAUGCAUUUUUCAUUUUUACCCCUGUCCCGAUAUCUUAUUUUUGACUUCCCAUGCUCACGUUCACAAGGCAACGGCAAUUCAAUACCUUCGCCGUUUCUACUUGACCAAUAGUCCUAUGACAUAUCAUCCAAAACAAAUCAUGAUGUGUGCGUUAUAUUUGGCCACCAAGGCCGACCACUUCUACAUAUCACUACCGCGAUUCAUUGCAGAAUUGAACAACGUCUCCGAGGACAAUGUCAAAGCACCUGAAUUCUUAUUACUGCAAGGUCUAAGAUUCACCCUCGAUGUCCGCCAUCCAAUGAAAGGUCUCGCUGGAGGCCACGUUGAGAUGAGUGACAUGGCUGAGGGAGGAUUACUCAAGCAUAUAGAGCCCGGAAAAACUGGCGCAAAAAGAAUUGGCGCUGCCGCAGAUGAAGCGAAGAAACUACUCGCAACAGCAGCACAGCUCACAGACGCCUACUUCCUCUACACGCCAAGUCAAAUCUGGCUGGCGGCCGUUAUGGUUGCAGACCAAGGGCUUGUGAUAAGCUACAUUGAAGCGAAACUUGCCGGUCUACAGAGCCUCAACGCGGAUGCGACCGCAGUGGAUCAACUGAGGCAGAAACUCAUCGCGACGAUAUCGUCUUGCGCCGAGCUGCUGGAAUCGUACCGAUCACCUGAGGACGACGCCGCGCAAAGAAAGGAGAUGAAGCGGAUCGGUAAGAAGUUGACGGUGUGUCAGAAUCCCGAGAAGAUGGAUAUCGUUGCCGUAACGCGGGCGAAAGCAGCGGAAAAGAGGGAGGGUGAUAAUGGCAGUGAUGCCGAGAAGGCGCUCAAGAAGCGGAAGUUCGAGAGAGAGAACCUUCAGAAGGACGGCGAUGUUUUUGGGCCGGAUUUGAGGGAUGUCGCUAGGUGA